UGCCACGUCCGAGGCCGGGAACCACCACCGCCACAGCCAUGGUGUCAGUAAUUAACAACGUGGACACCUCCCAUGAGGACAUGAUUCAUGAUGCCCAGAUGGACUACUAUGGCACCCGCCUGGCAACCUGCUCAUCCGACAGGUCCGUCAAAAUCUUCGAUGUGCGCAACGGAGGGCAGAUUCUCAUUGCUGACCUGAGGGGUCAUGAGGGUCCUGUAUGGCAAGUAGCCUGGGCCCACCCCAUGUAUGGCAACAUCCUGGCCUCCUGCUCCUAUGACCGGAAAGUUAUCAUCUGGAAAGAAGAAAAUGGCACCUGGGAGAAGACCCAUGAGCACACAGGACACGACUCCUCAGUAAACUCUGUGUGCUGGGCACCUCAUGAGUAUGGCCUGAUUCUGGCCUGUGGGAGCUCCGAUGGGGCCAUUUCCCUGCUGACCUACACUGGCGAGGGCCAGUGGGAAGUGAAGAAGAUCAACAAUGCUCACACUAUUGGCUGCAAUGCUGUCAGCUGGGCCCCUGCUGUUGUACCUGGAAACCUCAUAGACCAGCCAUCUGGGCAGAAACCCAACUACAUCAAGAAGUUUGCAUCAGGCGGUUGUGACAACCUCAUCAAGCUGUGGAAGGAGGAGGAAGACGGCCAGUGGAAGGAGGAGCAAAAGCUGGAAGCACACAGUGACUGGGUUCGUGACGUGGCCUGGGCCCCCUCCAUUGGUCUGCCAACCAGCACCAUUGCCAGCUGCUCCCAGGAUGGACGUGUAUUCGUCUGGACCUGUGAUGAUGCCUCGGGCAAUAUGUGGUCCCCUAAACUGCUGCACAAGUUCAGCGAUGUGGUGUGGCACGUGAGCUGGUCCAUCACAGCCAAUAUCCUGGCCGUCUCAGGCGGAGAUAAUAAGGUGACCCUGUGGAAGGAAUCGGUUGACGGGCAGUGGGUGUGUAUCAGUGAUGUCAACAAGGGCCAGGGGUCUGUGUCUACCUCCGUCACAGAGGGCCAGCAGAAUGAGCAGUGAUGGGACAGGCAGGACCUGCUCCCCACCUGCUGAUUAUAGGACUGCUCCUCCCUGAGCCAGCCCAACCAGGCAACUGGGAAGACAUGCUUCCAACUCAACAAGACCAACAGGACAGUUUUUCCAGAAAUAGUUAUAGAUGCAACCUAAGAGUGAUCGUCUGCCUUAACAUGCUUGGAUAUGGCUUCUAAUUUACUCUGUCUGAAAGCACUCAUAUUAUGAAGAAAAAACUACAAAUGAUCUUCAAAUCUAUUAUUUUAAAAUAUUUUUUGGCCAUUUUUAUGUACCUUUUGGGUUCAGGUAUUAUUUGGGGGGUUUUGUUUCCAAAGUAAUAAAAUCAUAUUGCUUAUAA